AAUAAAUCUACUCUAUAGACUCCAGCAGAAACGUGGCAAGACGUGGCAAGAAUUCACCAGCAAAGAACCAAAAACAUGAGCACAGCAGGAAAAGUCAUCAAGUGCAAGGCCGCUGUGCUCUGGGAGCUGAAGAAGCCGUUUGCCAUCGAGGAGGUGGAGGUCGCACCCCCUAAGGCUCAUGAAGUUCGUAUUAAGAUGGUGGCCACAGGGAUCUGUCGCACAGAUGACCAUGCCAAGGCCGGCUCCCUUUCCACACCACUUCCCGCAGUCCUGGGCCAUGAGGGUGCCGGCAUUGUGGAGAGCGUCGGAGAAGGUGUGACGAGCGUCAAACCAGGUGAUAAAGUCAUCCCGGUGUUUCUUCCCCAGUGUGGAACGUGCAAGGUCUGCAAGCACCCAGAAGGCAACUUCUGCUUGAAAAAUAGCAUUUCCAAUCCGAGUGGGACCAUGGAAGACGGGACCACCAGGUUCACCUGCAGAGGGAAGCCCAUCAACCACUUCUUAGGCACCAGCACCUUCUCCCAGUACACAGUGGUGCAAGAAUGCGCAGUGGCCAAAAUCAAUGCUGCCUCCCCGCUGGACAAAGUCUGUCUCAUUGGCUGUGGGUUUUCUACCGGAUACGGGUCUGCCACCAAAGUUGCCAAGGUCACUCCAGGCUCUACCUGCGCCGUGUUUGGUCUUGGGGGAGUUGGUCUGUCCGUUGUGAUGGGCUGUAAAGUAGCGGGGGCAGCCAGGAUCAUCGGAAUAGAUAUCAACAAAGACAAAUUUGCAAAGGCCCAAGAGGUGGGUGCCACCGAGUGCAUCAGCCCAAUGGACUUCCAGAAACCCAUUCAGGAGGUGCUGAAGGAGAUGAGUGGAGGAGGUGUAGACUUUUCCUUUGAAGUCAUUGGUCGGCACGACACCAUGAUGGCUGCCCUGAUGUGCUGUCAGGACUCAUAUGGAGUAAGCGUCAUUGUUGGAGUGGCUCCUAAGUCAGAGAUGCUUUCUCUGAACCCCAUGCUGUUGCUGACGGGACGCACGUGGAAAGGAGCUCUCUUUGGUGGCUUUAAGAGUAGAGAUUCUGUCCCAAAACUUGUUGAAGAUUUUAUGGCUAAGAAGUUUUCGAUGGAUUCGUUAAUAACCCAUGUUUUACCUUUUGAAAAAAUAAAUGAAGGAUUUGAGCUGCUUCAUUCUGGAAAGAGCAUCCGUACAGUCCUGAUGUUCUGAGAUCCCACGAAAGUUGCCUUUGCUGGGAGCAACAUCCUAGCCCUUCUGCCAUGAGGAACAUCCUCUUAAUGACACAACUAACUCUGGUUUUCAAAGACGCCGUCAUCAUUCACACAUGGGUAUUUUGCAAAAUCAAUGAUUGAUGUGGAAUCAUUUUCCAAGAAAAUGUGUGAGACCUUACUUAGUGAGGGCUAGAUGGAAUACCAGCCAGGUAACUAAAUAUGAUCAACUUCUUUCUUAGCCAUUCUUAGUUUGUCAUUUUCCCCUUUGAGCAAAGAUGUUUCUCUUCACCUGUUGCAUUUUUUUGUAUCUUUGCUGCCCUAUGUCCUAAUGGUAACCUACUUGCUCCCGUAAUCAAGAUGAACAAUUGUAUUUGAAACUUUCUGCUUCUAUUUCCAUUGUCUGUAUUUUCUUUUCUAUAAAUCCACCAAAGUCUAUGGGUAACAGUACAUCUAGGGAAGAAGACAUUCAGAUUUAUUAAGUGGAGAGGAUCUUAAACUUCAAAUGCAAUAAUUUUUUAGACAACUGUUACUAUUUCCUAUGUUAGAAGGGAGCAUUUAUAAUACUUUUCUACUAUUUGAAUGUGUAGUAUAAAAAGAAUAUGUAAAUCACCUCUAUAAAUAAUAAGUAUAUAAAUGUAUAUUCUUUUAAAUAAAAGUAGUUUCAUGCUUUCACAUGAUAAAACAUGAAGUUCAGAUAUUAAUUGUGAAAACUGAACAAUCCCUGAGAGAAUAUUUUGAAAAUCUGGCAUUUUUGCUCAUGAAGUGCUUUAUUGAUUAGAUCAUCUUAAUUGUUACAUUGAGCUGAAAAUAAGGUCUAUGAUGAUUGAGAGGUAAGACAGUGGGCUGAAGUGUAGGAAUGAGAAUGAGCAACUGUAAGCAGCCGCAGGGUGGCCGGGACCCCAGGAAGCGUCUGUUUGCUGGGGGACCAGGUGCUCAACCAUUUCUCUUAAUUACAGCUCUGAAUCCAAGUCUAUCUCCCUAGAAUUUGUUUGGAUUUUUUUUUAGUACACAGAAGCUUAUGGUGUGCAUUUUUAAUGCUUUCUUGCUCUCAAGGGAAGAUCUGUAUUUUGAACUCUGUCUCCAAAUGCAAUAAAAAAAUUGUUCUUUCUGGA